AUGUCCAGUCCUGAGUCCACUCCUGAGCGACGACGUCUCCUCAACGAUGAAGAGUCUCCACUCCCAACACCAACACCCGCCGUAUCAACACCAAGCCCCCAUCUUCUGGCCCGACACCGACCGGGUUACGCCAGAGUUCCAAGCGUCUCCUUCAACGACGACGCUCUUGCGACGGACAUCACGGACUCUCCCGCGCAGGACGAGAUAGAGCCAGCCCCUCGAUCGUCCUCUGAUGCUACGUCCGCACGCCAUGGGUUGGGCAUCGCAAUGCCGGCCACUCCUGCCAAAUCACGACGGUUUAGCUCGCCACUUUCUCAGAGCACAUCGAGCGCCUACGCGAAACCUGCAACUGAUGAAAGAACGCUCACGUCGCCGCCCUCGACUGGUGGCAUGUCCGGUAGCACUCGCUUCGAUGCAUCCUUCGACGCAGACACUUCAUAUGCAGGUGCCUCCCGGCUGCACAAAGACUCGCGUACCUCCUUCCAGUCCGGCGCGACUCCAUCCAUCUACGCAAAAUCUGAUGCAGGUCUGCUGUCCAUUCGCGAAAGAUACGACGAUUUCGCGCCGCACCAACACUGUCAAAGUAAAAGAAGCGUCAGGACUGCGAGAUUGGGCAGUUGGGUUUCCUGGACUGUGCUUGUACUGGCUGUCUUUUCCACUGCCUUCAGCGGUAUCUUCCUGGUGAUCGCGCUGACGAGUCCAAAUUGGGGAAGAUCCAUUCGAAAUACGGGUGGAAAGCUGACGCCUGGAUCUGCUGCAUUCCUGACAUCUUUAUUUGCCAAGCUGAUCGAGCUUUCGUUCGUCACUGUCGUGGUCGCUUUUAUUGGGCAGGCACUAGCGCGAAGGGCCUUCACGCUGGAGAACCCUCGAGGUAUAACCCUGGCCGAAAUGAGCAUGCGGACUUGGAUUCUGCAGCCAGGAACGAUGUUCACUCAACCGGAGAGCGUCAAGUAUGCCGGCAUAUCUUUUCUCGGGAUCGUGUCCUUGCUUGCGGCUCUACUCGCCGUCCUCUAUACCUCGGCGUCAACAGCACUGGUGCAGCCACAGUUGAGAUAUCCGAAUUGGAAACCGCAGCCACUACAAGGGCUUGUGAAGACACAGUACGCAAAUUCAGAUUACAUUGAAUCAAACUGCAAGACCCCAAUCCAGAAUGGAUAUGAUCGAAUAUUGCCUGAUGGAUCCGAUCCGCGACUUUCUUCCUGUAUGCAAAUCGAACAUGCUGCAAUGGCAUUUCACAAUUAUCAUACUUGGCUGUCCCGCUGGACCGACGUUGCUGAGAACGGCUCCGACAACAGGCUUUUGGAACAGCGGCCGCCUGGCUACGCUCUUUACAAUGACAACACUACGAUUACCGCGCCGUGGAUAUCGAUGGAAGAGACUCGGAACAGCACCGAGUACAUAGUCAACAAUGUCACAAUGGCCAUGCCGCAUAUUGGGGUUAUUCAGGCUCGAGAGGACCCUAUCAAUGCUUUGAUGCAGCCUGACGAUAUUGACGGCGCCGUAUUCUCGUUGAAAGCGUCUGUACCCUCACCUACGGUCAAUGUCCUCUGCGUCACGAUGAAGUACGACGACCUCAAGCCGUUCGUAUACGAGUUUUGGAAUGCUUCUGGAUAUCCACCCCUCAACAUCAGCGGUUGGCCACACAACUACGGCUAUACUAAUCCAUAUCUGAACGGGACCAAGUUCGAUCAUAUCUUCGGAUGGGGUCCCGAGUAUGGUGCGAUGAACUAUCCUCCCGUGUUUGCAAAGGUCCCGCAAGACUACAACACUCUGGUCAAUGACACAACUGGAGUCCCUUGGGGACGCCGCACGAUCUACCUUCUGGGGAAGGGCGGCCCCAUAGACUCUACCCAGUCUCCCACCACGGGUCCUGACGGCAAAGGUACAAAUUACGCCAUUUGUCAACUUCAAGCUGGACAGACGGCAAAUUGCUCUACACACUAUAAUGCUUCGAUCAGUGGAGCUACCAUGGAAGCUGUGUGCGAUAACGAGCACGACAAAUUGCAAUACCAGAAGCGCAAUCCGCAAGCUUGGACAGGCAAUGAGACUCUGAAUCAGGACUGGCCAAACAUCGCGGGAGAAUGGGCGCGAAGUAAGUAAAGUGCCCCAUACCGUUCGUAGGGAGAAGUUAACGUUGCAACGUAGGCCUUUCCCUCAACGCAGGACUGACCGACGGCAACGCCAGCAAUGCCAGGAUACUAACUCAGUUCAUUCUGACUGCCAACGAGCUCAACUCGGGCCUCCCUUCGUUGGCCGAAGCCCUUGCCGUACUCGCCGGCUGCACGCUGAUUGAAUCCGUGAUCGACUCGCCUUUCGUGGGAAAGAAGUGGAAUUAUACCCUUCCUACCGUCGAUGGUCAACACCAGUACUUCAAUGCUUCCGUGAGGGAUCAACAGUACGCCAGCGGGGGCAAACUGCCGUACCAGAAGGCUUUUCAUCUGGUGUUAUUUGCCGUGUUCACGAUCAACGUCUUUGUCCUCGUCUACUUCCUCAUCCACAAAGACUGGUACUCGGAUUUCACGGAUCCCAACAACAUGUAGGUCCACUAAUUCCCAAUCCCCACGACAGGGAAAUUUGGCUAAUGGAAUUGAUGUGUAGGUUCGCUCUGGCUGUCAACUCUCCUCCCAGUGAGAAGCUCGCUGGUAGCUGUGGCUGUGGUCCUUCGGGGGAGCAGUACCGAGUCAGCUGGAAACUGAACAACGACGAAGGACACGUCUACGUUGAAAGUCACGAUAAUCCUCAUGAGGUGACGAUUGACAGCCCGAGGAUGAGCAGGAGAAGGUGGACGGAGACUUUUGAGCUGACGCCGCCGCUGCAUUCGCUUAAGAAGCGGUUUAGUGGCGGAAGUGGUACAUAG